AUGGGGUGCAUCUUCCAUGGAUGCCGAGAUUGUUUCACUGAUAAUCGCGAAAAUACGUGUCAUCCACUCACCAAUCAAUCUUUAGACGAACUAUUAGCGUUGACAUUAAAAAAGAAAGCUUACAUAGAACAAUUAGGAAUGAAAUAUGUUUGUAUUUGGGACCACGAAUUCAGAAAACAAAAGAAUCAAAAUUCUGAGAUGAAGCGUUUCAUUGAUAAUUUAGAUUUAACAGACAGAUUAGACCCUAGGGAAGGUUUCUUCGGGGGACGCACCAAUGCCAGUAAACUCUUCUACCAAGUUGAUGAAAGCGAGCAAGUCAAAUAUGUGGAUUUCACUAGUUUGUAUCCUUGGGUCAACAAGUAUUGCCAGUAUCCUGUAGGUCACCCCGUCAUAAUAACAAAAGAUUUUAAUGACUUAAAGGAGUACUUUGGUAUUGCCAAAGUAAAAAUAGUACCACCAAGAGGUCUAUACCAUCCCGUCCUUCCUUAUAGGUCAAAUGGCAAGCUGAAAUUCCCUUUAUGUAGGACCUGCGCAGAUACUGAAAACCAAAACCCCUGUGAUUGCCCGGAUGAUGAUAGAGCGUUAACUGGCACGUGGUGUACUCCAGAGAUCCAGACCGCUUUAAGAUUAGGUUAUACCAUUAUGAAAGUAUAUGAAGUAUACCACUGGGAGGAAACCACUCAAUAUGACCCUAAAACCAGUGAAGGGGGACUGUUUGCCAAUUACAUCAACACAUUUUUAAAGUUUAAGCAAGAGGCAAGCGGCUCCCCUGACUGGAUACAAAAUGAACAAGACAUGAAGAAUUACAUAACUCAAUAUAUGGAGAAAGAGGGUGUGUCAUUGGAUCGGUCAAACAUUAGGAAGAAUCCGGGUUUGAGAGCGCUGGCUAAACUAUGUCUCAAUAGCUUUUGGGGUAAGUUUGGUCAACGUCUCAAUAUGCGUCAGACAGAGUUCUUUCACGAAACGCAGGCAAACCUUUUCUUCCAACUGUUUUCUGAUCCUACGAAACAACCACUCAAUUUUCAUAUCCUUUCCAAUGACAUGUUACAAGUAGAAUGGCAAUUCAAACAAGACUGUCAACCCGAAGAUAAUAAAACAAACAUCUAUUUAGCUACUUUUACAACUUGUUGGGCCAGACUUAAACUUUACAGUGUACUGGAAAAGCUCAAUAGGAGGGUUCUGUAUUAUGAUACAGACAGUGUGAUAUAUGUAAGUCGCCCAGGACAGUAUGAUCCUCCAUUAGGUGAUUACUUGGGGGAGCUUACGGAUGAGCUUGACGGUGGGGAGUACAUUGUAGAGUUUGUGUCUGGUGGUCCUAAAAAUUACGCUUACAAAACCAAUAAAAAUAAAGAGACGUGUAAGGUUAGGGGUUUUACUUUGAAUUAUAAAAAUAGUCAGUUGAUCAAUUUUGAAAGUGUAAAACACAUUGUUACCGAUCCGAAAGGUUGUCCGAGCAUUACAGUAACAAAUCCGCAUAAAAUUUGUAGAGAUAAGAGAAAAAGGAAAAUAGUCAAUCGUGAAGAAAACAAAAAAUAUCAAGAGGUGUACACAAAACGUAGAAAAAUAGCAGAUUUUGACACUGAACCAUAUGGAUAUUAA